GCCUGUUGCUCGGUUGUUGUUCCAAGAGCUAUCAAGGACGGCCGGCGCCGAGAGCAUGGGAUGCGGGUUUUCUCAUGUGUGUGGAGGGAGACUCUUCCAUGAGGAUGACAUAGACAACGGCAAGUCCAUGUCUCCGGCGCGAGAACGGCGACGGACCUUCUUCCGCAGCAACAGUUUCAAGUCCGGCGUCUUGAUCAAACCAUCCACGACGUAUGCAUUGUCGUUGCAUCGACAGGAAGUGGACGAAAACGACUUGGAUGUCGACGAUGUCGACCCCGUUGUCGACGUUGCCGAACUCGACCUCCCAACCAACGUCAGUGAACCGCAUGUGUAUCUCGGCGGCGGCAUCCCAGGCGUUGCUGUGGAUGAAUUCACUAUCGAACAGCCCAAGUACACGGGACAUUGUGUUGGAGGUCGCCACUCCACGUCAGGGUACAUUUGGUGGGGCGCGCGCACACGCGCUGGCAACGACUCGAUGGGUCGUCGAAAGGAGAAUCAGGACUCGUUUUGCAUUCGCGACCGCUUCGUCAACUGCGAUGGCUUGACGUUCGUGUGCGUUCUGGACGGCCAUGGAUCGCAAGGCGCAUUCGUAAGCCACUUUGUGCGAGACAACUACCACACCCACGUGGCCGCGGCGCUGCGGCGGCACAUCCCUUCCCUCCCUCAGGACCCCGAUGACAAGGCUUUCGUGGAUUUCAACAUGUUUACACUCGACACGAUCGAAGACGUCUUCCUCGACGCAUCUUGUCGCAUGACGGCGGCGCUCGAAGACGCGCUGCACCUUGACAUUAGCGUCAGCGGCACCACGGCCAUCGCGCUUCUGUUUGUCACUCCAACCCUGUCAUGCCCCGACGUUCAGCCAAAGGUGUUUGUGGCGAAUGUCGGGGACAGUCGAGCCGUGGCCGGCCAGCCAUCUGCCGCCGACACACCCUCGACGUCAGAUGCACCCUCCCUUACCACAAUCCACUUGUCAUGCGACCAUAAACCGAACGAUCCAGCGGAAGAAGCUCGCAUCGUCGCCACAAAUGGCCGCGUGUUUGAGUACGGCGUGCCGCGGGUGUGGCUCCAGGACGUCGACAUGCCAGGGCUUGCCAUGAGCCGGUCGUUUGGGGACUCGAUUGCGACGUCUGUGGGGGUUAUCUCGGACCCGCAGUGUACGGAACUCGGGCUGUCUCGCGGCACGUUUGUCGUCGUGGCAUCCGACGGGCUGUGGGAGUUUCUAUCGUCGCCAGACGUGGUCGCGAUGUGCGCCAAGGGGAAUGCCGUCGACGACCCGCAGACAACGUGCGACCUGCUCGUGGCCGAAGCGCUGGAGCGGUGGCUGGACGAGCAGGACGUCGUGGACGACAUCACAGUCGUGUACGUUGCAGUCGCUCGCGCUGUGGGCGGCGAGAACGACGCGUUCAGGAGGUAGACCCACGUAAUGACGUUUCUAUCGCAUAUGGACAAGUCGAUGGAAAUGGAGUGGAA